AAUGUUAAAGUGUUUUGGAUAUUAUGUAGCGUAUACAUGACGUCAUUUCCUCGCGACAGCGCACACCUAGAGGACGCUGAGCAAAGCAUGGAACACCUUGGUGUUUUAUUACUAGUGUUGAUGAGUUUGUUAUACAUACCUUUGACAGAAGUGUUUGCAAGUGUUCAGAAGUGUCCGAGAGAAGAGUUUCCAUGUAGUAACCACAGGUGUAUAUCUCUAAACCUACUCUGUGAUGGUGUGGACCACUGCGGGGACGGAAGUGAUGAGAUCUCCUGCUUUAAUUGCAAUACUGCUUCCUACCACUGCGUGGUAGCAGCGCCCUGCAUUCAUAAUCACAGCAUCUGUGAUGGCAAACCUGACUGCCCGAAUGGAGCAGACGAACAGUUGGAUAAGUGCACAGGACUUCUUAAAACAAAAGUAUGCUCCAAGUCAGAUUUCACAUGUGCCAAUGGAGAAUGCGUGCCUAUUUCAUGGAGGUGUGACAACUCCAACGACUGUAAAGAUGGCAGUGAUGAGCUAGGUUGUGAUAUAAAUGAGUGUAAGGACGAUAAUGGGGGCUGUUCCCACCUUUGUGUAGAUCUGCCAUUAGGUUUUAUGUGUGACUGUCCCAGUGGUAUGAGGUUGGUCAAGGAUACACACUGUGAAGAUGUGGACCAAUGUCUUGAUUCAGAUGUGUGUGAUCAGAUUUGCAUCCAUUCCAAUGAAUCUCUUACAUGUGAGUGUCAGGACGGGUAUGAUCUGACCCCAGGGACGGGCCAGUGUAAGGCUAAAGGUGGUGUUGCUCAUAUAGUGGUCUCCACUCGUGAGGGUGUUAAGUGGUUGGACCUCAGCGGUGCGGAGGAAACGAGCAUCACAAAUCAAACGGGGACACCAGGACCUAUUGCAGCGCAUAAUGCAAAAAGCACACUGUAUUGGGCCAGUCCAGAAGAUGAUGUCAUCUACAGCAUGCCGGUUGACUCCAAUGACUACAGAUCUUCUGUGUUGAUAAAGGCCUCCACUGGCAUUGUGGGAUUGGCAGUGGAUGAGAUUCACGAGAAUUUGUACUGGGUCAGCACCAGUACACACAGUUUACAUGUGGUCUCACUGAAUGGCUCAGAUCAAAGUCAGCUCAUCUCUGGACUCUCCAGACCUACUGCAGUCGCUGUCCAUCCUUUGCUAGGACUUUUGUUCUGGGCUGAUAGUGGGACGUCCCCCAGAAUUGAGCGUGCAAGGGUGGAUGGACACCGCAGAAUAGCACUUAUAUCCUCUUCUAUACGUCAUCCAGUAGCAAUUUCAUUAGAUAUCCCUCGUGGUCUUUUAUAUUGGGCUGACUCGGACCGUCACACAAUUUCAAGGGUUGCAUUUGAUGGCAAACAUAGAAAGACAGUUGUUGAAUCCAAUGGAUAUCUGGACAGACCGUUUGGACUGGCAGUGUUUGAGAGUCGAGUGUACUGGAGUGACCGAUACACCAACUCUACUUGUAGUGCAGAUAAGCACAACGGUGGCGAACUUCAGAUAUCCCAGAGAUUCGGUCCUGUUUCACCUGCUGGACUGGCCAUUUUUCACCCAAACUUUAAUGCAGACAAAGCUGUGUCUCUAUCGGAAACAAGAGGCAUGCUGUCUGAUUCGGCCUUUACAUGGAUGCUGUCUUUGACCGUGUUUCUCAGUCUGUUGUUGGUGGUGGCAUUUCUAUGGUGGAUGAGAUCAGAAUUUGGUUUUGCUCGCUCUGUCUCUCUUAUUGAACACACGGCAGUCAAGGAGUCUCAGGAUCCUCUUCUGCUGGCGGGGCCAACUGUUGUGCAUGAACACAAAGAAAGAGUUAUGAACCCAUGAUGGCACAGCCAUGGGUUCAGUGCAGUGAAAUGCAAUGUGUUUUCCUGUAACAGGAACCUGUCACUCUAGUGGUUGCUAUCAUAACCCCAUUUCCUGCUCCAGUCGUGUAAAACGGGAAACAGAUGUCACAAAAUCUUCACCCCAAAACCCCAUUGUGUGUGUGUGUGUGUGUGUGUGUCCUUAUAAAUAAUAAUAAUCUGCAUUAAUAGAGAAAAU